AUGGCACCACAAAUGAAAGAACCAGAUGUUCCAAAGAUAAUAAGCUCCAGGGCAAUCAAGAGAUUACUGGUAAACGGAAAGACUCGUGGACUUACCGACGAACAGGAACAAGAGCGGAAAGCUGCUCAUUGUGAACCCUUCUUGCCAAACAAAGACAUCGAGUCCUUGGUCCAAGAGGCCAACGUCAAAGCAACCUUGAAUCAAGAUAAACUGCUAGGCUCACAUAAGAGUAACAAGGAACUCGCAGAAUACGUCGUUAAGGCAGCACCUAGAGCUUUUCUGACCGCCAUAUUCAUAGGGGCGGAUCAGGAAAAUUGCAUCAGGCAUCUUAAACAGAAAGGUUUCGUAGAUGCAGAGCUUCCCAUCCGCCUUAUGAUUGUCGAAGAUGCAGAGGACGCAGAAGAUUAUUAUAGAGUCUGUAGGGUCAAAUCAAACCAUACGUUGCCGUAUUUUUCAGGAUGGAAAGAAACGCUGCAAGAGAACUACGAGACAGAUCAAUGGACAUUCCUGGCCCCGACCUUUGAGGAAGACGACUUCAGCUAUGAGUUCCAUCAGAAUCUUCGGCUCCCAUUCGUCUACAUUCCUAAUUCCAAGCCAGACGGAGGUUACUUUGGCAAAGUUCUCAAACUUGGUCUUCGCAUCGAUCAUCAAAAAUUGACAAGUUUCGAAAUGACCCCCAAAUUCAACGAGAAACAUAUCGAAGUCGCUGUCAAGUUCAUGAACACCGAUUACAGCAUGGCCAACUCAGACGUGAAGAAGUUUUACGAGAGAGAAAAGACAACGCUAAAACUCAUGAGAGAGUUGAAAGAUUUACAUCUCAUAAGAGCAAUUGCUGCGUAUACGAAAGGCACCUCCAGGUGUUUCGUCUUCCCAUGGGCUGAAGGAGGCAAUCUCGAUACCUUCUGGCGGACUGAUCGAAGCUGUCUUGACAAAAGUCUUGUUCGGUGGGCCUUGGACCAAAUGACAGGUAUCGCAGGUGGUAUUAUGAAGCUCCACGCUAAGGAUACCCGGCAUGGAGACAUCAAACCGCUCAACAUCCUCUACUUUCUCGACUCGGUCGACGAACGCGGUCGUGGAAUACUGAAAGUAGCAGAUGUUGGUCUCGCAAAGGUUCACACAGAGUAUACAAAGUAUCGCGCUGCCACUACGACGAGGAUGAGUAGUGAAAGGUAUGAACCUCCUGAGAUGCUCAGCUAUCUUCACAAAAAGGCUGCUAUACCACGCAGAUACGACAGUUGGAGCCUCGGGUGCGUGUUUCUCGAGUUCACAGUCUGGCUUAUCUAUGGUAGAUCGAAACUCCAUAGUUUCCAUCAGGAUCUUAGAGACUCCCUUUCGGACAAGUUCUAUGAGACGAAAGGAGAUUCUUACCCUCGGCAUCAUGUUGUGAACCAGCUGAUCAACGAGAUGGAGCAGAGUUUAUCAGAGUCUUCAGCUCUUCACAGGCUUGUUCGUCUAAUCUCCGAGCACCUUUUAGUACCUGUAGACAAUCGCAUGUCCACCAAGGCACUGUAUGAGAAAAUCGACGAUAUCAGGAAGAAGUGUCAUCAUAAAUCUUACAGCCUUGACUCUUCUCUUGUGAGCCUAGCAAAAAAUAGACCCAUGCCCGAUGGCCACCCCGACAACAACCUUCAACCACCCGAUAACUAUUCACACACGAGUAAACUUGAUAAUCGGUGGCGAAACAUCCCAGAUAGCGAAUGGGCGCGAUUUCUCGUUUCACGUCUUGACUGGCCCUCUCUUCGUCCUACCAUUGUGACGGAAUUCUGUGACGCUUGCAGUUCGAUUGACUUCCUUGAAGAUAGUAUUGAGCUGAAUCGAACUCUGCAUGACCUUGAGGAGGGGUCUUUUUUCGAUGACCACAUGAGUCCGGCUCCACGUCAAGCACAGUUGGGCUUGCCGGUUCUUCCUAAACUUGGCAGUCCUCAAGAGUUCGCACUUCUCAACGAGUGGAUCAAUCUUUGUGACAGAACCCACGAUUGUGUUUCACGAGGGUCCGAUGGGGAGCCUCUUAACCAAAUGCCAACAAGGCUCAUACACGUCGGCACAACAGACGCCCCUUCUCUACAUCUUGUCGAGACGGCCAAGGAAAACAUUACGGGGAAUUAUAUAGCACUGAGCCAUUGCUGGGGUAAACUGUCCAAACAAGAGCGGUUCUGCACUUACAUCGACAAUAUUCAGGGUUUUAAACAGCACAUCCCAUUUGACGAACUGCCCCAAACCUUCAAGGACGCCGUCAUAACUACAAGAGCGUUGAAAGUCCGCUACCUCUGGAUUGACUCGCUUUGCAUUAUCCAAGAAGACCCACCAGACUGGAAGAUUGAAGCUGCCAGAAUGGAAGAUGUUUUCAACUCGGCGUACUGUACCAUCGCAGCGAGUUCCUCAGCAUCUUCACUUGAUGGCUUUCUUAUUCACAGGAGGGAAAGGGCCGUUAUCGGAAUAAAUACUUCAAAGGGACCUUUGUAUCUCGCUGAGGCUAUCGAUGACUUUCGCGAGGAUGUUGAAAAAGGGAUUUUGAACACACGUGGUUGGGUCUUCCAGGAACGAGCUUUAUCUCGCCGCACGAUUCAUUUCACUUCAACUCAAGUUUACUGGGAGUGUGGUCACGGAGUACACUGUGAGACCUUGGCUCAUCUACGAAAUCGCGAAUCCGAACUGCUGGGCGACUCCAAGUUCCCAAAUCACGGUAUACAGAAGUAUAAGGACGACAGUAUUCGACUAGUGCAGUACUUGUAUCAGACCUAUUGUGCACUAAACCUAACAAACCCUACGGACCGCUCCAAGGCCCUCCUGGGAUUGGAAAGUCGUCUGGGCCGCACAUUCCGGUCACGGGCAGUAUAUGGUCUUCUAUCGGCUUACUUUGAGAGAUUACUUCUUUGGCAACGCGACCAAGUUUCCCCCAUGGAAAAUAUACCAUAUCCAAAAGGUCAGACUGUUCCUUCGUGGUCAUGGAUGUCUUUCAUGGGAAAGAUCAACUAUCAGGAUGCCCCGUUUGGCAAAGUAAAUUGGACUGGAGAUGUGGAGAACCCUUUCAUUUCUCAGGAUUAUGUUCACUGGGACGGAAGGUUGCAGGCUAGAGCGCACGAACUGUCCAUCGAUGAGGAUGAGCUGAAGAAAAGGAUACGAACUGACUUGAUCCAUUCUAAGUUGACUUCUGGGCUUUUCAAGUGUGCAGUCGUCGGGACGAGUAAGGUCACUAACGAGGAUGGAACGACAGAUCAAUGUUAUCCCUUCCUCACCUUCAUCUAUAAACUUGCUAGAGAUCCCGCCUUUAUAGUGAUCUAUGCAGAAAUAUCCCUUUCUUGA